AGUUGAAAUUCAUACAUUAGACUGAGUGUGGGAAUUGUGAGCAUGAUGUCUCAAUCAGAGUUGCAUUUUAAAAAUCAUGCCAAGAAGAAGCAGUAAAAGAGGUGCAGGAUGGUCAAGGAAAAAGAAAAGGGGACAGCAUGAAGUAGUAAGGAGCAGAAGGGCACAGGAGGCGCAACAAGAAAUAACUCAAUGUUUCCAACAAGAAAGAACUCAACAUCUCCUAGAUAAGCAAGAGAGAGAGCGGGAGAGAGGGACCCAAGAGACGCAGCAAGAAAUAACUCCACGUCUCCAAGAUCGGGAGAGAGAGCGGGAGACAAGAGCACAAGAGGUGCAGCAGAAAAUAACUCAACGUCUCAGAGUUAAGCGAGAGAGAGAGCGUGAGAGAAGGGCACAAGAGACGCAGCAACAAAGAGCUCAACGUCUCAAAGAUAAUCGAGAGAGAGCUCGAGAGAGAAGGGCACAAAAGGCGCAGCAAGAAGGAACUCAUUGUCUCCUCCAUCUUCUAUGUCACAGCGGGAACCCGUCAGCCGCUCCUGCGCAGUUAGGAGCAACGGGCUAUAUUUUUAACAUCAUGCCAAGAAGAGGGAGGAAAAGAGGUGCAGGAUGUUCAAAGAGACAGCGAGAAGUAGAUAAGAGCAGAAGGGAACAAGAGACGCAGCAAGAAACAACUCAACGUCUCAGAGAUAAUCGAGAGAGAGAUUAUACUGCGCAGUUGGGGGCUAUGGGUGCCGCUGACAUGGCGGACACAGAUUUAUUCAUGGAGUGCGAGGAAGAGGAGCUGGAGCCUUGGCAACUCAUAGAAGAUGACGUAGUGGAUGAUACAGGAGGUGGGAUGUUGAUGUCGGUGAACAACAAUCUCAAUACAGGAAUUAAAUCUGUUUUUUCGACCGCAAGUAUUGGUGAUCAGCAGAGCUAUGAGAUGGGGAAGAAACCAAUGAUGACAGUUCUUCCCUCCAAUAACACCGGUAGUCCAUUGAUGAAUUCGGGCAGCCAGUCUUUGAUUGUAACGCAGAAUCCAUCGGGCAUUGGCUCUCAAAUGUCGAUGCCGCCAAUGUACCAGCCUGCCGCUGUUCAAGUUCUGCAGGAUCCAAAAACUGGGGUGACCAGCACCGUUACUGGGCAGCCCAUCUUGAUCACCACUCAAGGUUUUACCGUGAAAGACCUGAGAUCUGUACAGAGCCCAGUUGGCAUUGUACUCAACGUACAGGGUGGUCAGGGAGCAGCUCCAUACCAAACCAAGCCCUUGACUUUAGUGCCAGGUAUGUGGAGCAAUGGACCAGCGGCGACACAGUUUGUCAAGUCAGCGGUGGGUGUCCCUCAACUGUGGUCGCCCGUCACCUCCAUCCGACCGGCCACCAACGCCUUCCCCGGCUCGGUCACCACGGUGAUCCCGGCCACGGUCACCAUCAGGAGCGCCGUGCCGCCCAUCACCCAGAAGUCUGCCGCCCAGACCAUCUUGACCCAGUCGCACCUGCAGCCCAAGUGUCUGACGCAACCCAUGCCUUCCCCUCAGCAGCCGCCGUCUCACUCCCACGUCCAAACGCCACCCCAGCCGCGCCCUCAGCUGCACGGCCACUCUCAGUCCAACCUGUUGCAUCACCCGCACGCCAAGCAGCUUUCCAACCACGACCACAAAUUAGUUAACUUCCUGCAGAACACUAACCUCAUUCGGGUGAAGGCAUCGGAUUCCAGCGCUACUGAACUCAGGCCGAAGCCUGAAGAAGUGGUUAAAACCAGCAUCCUUCCUUCAGUUCAGAUCACCACAACCACCACCACUGCGGCUCCUCCCAUGAAGCACAAGAGCUCACUAAUCAGUACCACCUCUUUCAAAUUGCCUGAGAGCAAUAUUAACAACGGAGUUCCCAUCCCAAAGGAUUGUCCAAAAUGCAACAUUCAUUUCAACAUCAUGGAGUCUCUAAGACUUCACAUGGCUUAUUGCUGCCCCCAGCUGCUCAACUCUUCUACGCCCUCCAAGAGCCCCCAGCAGCAAGCGCAUCCAGCUCCCCCCAAAGCUCAGCCUCCACCCCUUCCUCCACCCCCCCCUCCAACCCCACCAACGUCAACUCAGCAGCCAGCGCUCAAGCUUGCCGAAUCCAGCCAAGGAAAGCUCAUCAUGUUAGUGGAUGAUUUCUACUACGGCAGAGACGAAGGCAGCACCUUCCAGAUGGUUGACGAAAUGAAGCCCACCGCCACUUUCCGAUGCAUCAGCUGCUUGAAGCGAUUGAAGAACAACAUCAGGUUUAUGAACCACAUGAAGCACCACGUGGAGCUGGAGCAGCAGAACGACGAGAGCAUUGAGAACCACACUACCUGCCAGCACUGCUUCCGCCAAUACGCCACUCCGUUCCAACUGCAGUGCCACAUUGAGAACGUGCACAGCAACUACGAAACCACCACCAAGUGCAAGAUCUGUGAGCUGGCAUUCGAAACCGAGCAGCUUUUCCUACAACACAUGAAGGACACCCACAAACCAGGCGAAAUGCCCUACGUGUGCCAGGUAUGCGAGUAUCGUUCCUCUGUGUAUUUAGAUGUGGACAACCACUUCCGGAUGAUUCACGAAGACACUAAGAAUUUGCUCUGCCCGUACUGUCUCAAAGUGCUCAAGAACAGUUGUACUUACCAGCAACACUACAUGAAGCACCAGAAGAAAAGUGUAUCUCCCUGCAACAAGUGCAGGCUGCAGUUCACCAAUGCCAAGGAGAAAAUGGAACACAAAGUUGAACACCACAAGACCUUCAAGAAGCCAAAGCAGCUGGAAGGUCUGCAGCCUGGCACCAAGGUUACGAUAAGGACCUCGAUGGGACAGGCACGAGCAACGGGGGUGCCCAAUCCAGAGGUCCCAGCCAGGAAAGUCUACCCGCCAGUUAUGCCUCCCAAAACCCUGGAGCCCCCGACUUGCUCGACUGUCCACACGGUUACUCCAGUCGCCAAGCCUCCCCUCAAACUGGACAAGAAGAAGACUGUAGAGAGGAUGAUUACACUGCUCAUCGACAUGCAAGAAAUCAGGAAGCUGCACGGGAACCAGGUGUGCUUGGAGUGCAACUUUGACAUCACCAACAUCAACAACAUCAGCAACCACUUCCCCACGUAUGUUCACUGCUCCCGGUGUCGCUACAGUACCAGCUGCAGCCGGGCGUACGCUGACCACAUGAUCAGUUACCACACCCAACGUGGGAAGUCAAAAUACUUGAUGUUUGGAAAAAUGAAAAAAAGCGGCAUUCUGCUCAGAUGCUCGUCCUGCACGUUUACCGUGGACAAAGGCGACGGCGAUGAGAUGGCGCAGCACCUGGACAUCAACCCAAACCACGGGCCUUGCUGUUUUGUGACCGUGCCAGUGAACCAUCGGACGCGAGGCAGUGAAGUGGCUGAAGAGGCAGCAGAGGAUUCCGACUCGUGGCUUCCGGAAGCGGAAGAUGAAAGUGACGAGGGAGAGGCCACACCAGGUGGCGACCAGAAGUCCAGCGCUGAAGAAAAACCAGAAGAAACUCCAGGUCCAGCCAUCUGUGGAGUCAAGAUUCCUGUUGUUAAGAUUCAGCAAAUCAAAACCGUGAGACUCAGCUCAGUCUGCUCCACCGACUACAUCAACGCUCGGGUCAGUUCCCGCGUGCUGGACAACAGCUCGCCGCCAUCUCCGACAGCUUCCAGUGACAAUGAGGGCGUCUUGAGUCCGUCGCCCACCAGCCCAACGCCCGCCGUGGCAGAGGAGAAGAUCCCGAGCCCGGAAAAAGCCGAGGAUGAUGGGAAUAUCCCAAGCUUGGAAAAACCCGAGGAUGAGGGUUUGAUCCCGAGCCUGGAAAAAGCCGAGGAUGACGGGAAAAUCCCAAGCCCAGAAAAAGCCGAGGAAGAUGGGAAUAUCCCAAGCCCGGAAAAAGCCGAGGAAGAUGGGAAUAUCCCAAGCCCGGAAAAAGCAGAGGAAGAGGAGAAGAUCCCAAGCCCGGAAAAACCCGAGGAAGAUGGGAAUAUCCCAAGCCCGGAAAAAGCAGAGGAAGAGGAGGUGAUCCCAAUCCCAGAAAAAGCCGAGGAUGACGGGAAGAUUCCUAGCCUGGAAAAAGCCGAGGAAGAUGGGAAUAUCUCAAGACCGGAAAAAGCCGAGGAUGAAGAGAAGAUUCCUAGCCCGGAAAAAGAAGAGGAUGAGGGGAAGAUUCCUAGCCCGGAAAAAGCCGAGGAAGAUGGGAAUAUCCCGAGCCCAGAAAAAGCCGAGGAAGAGGGGAUGAUUCCUAGCCCGGAAAAAGCCGAGGAAGAGGAGAAGAUCCCGAGCCCAGAAAAAUCCGAGGAUGACGGGAAUAUCCCAAGCCCGGAAAAAGCCGAGGAAGAGGGGAAGACCCCGAGCCCAGAAAAAGCCGAGGAGGCGAGACGGAGCCAAAGUCCCGCAAAUGUGGAGGACAGGAAGAAAUGGAGCCCGCUCGGCAUCAAGGAGGAGAAGAAACGGAGUCCAAUUGUAAUCGAGGAAGAGAGGAUGAAAUGGAGCCCCAUUGGCGUCAAGGAGGAAAAGAAACCCAUCCCGAUCGCCGUCGAGGAAAAGAAACCGAUCGCGAUCGCCGUCGAGGAGAAGAAGAAAUGGAGCCCGAUGCGUGUGGCAGACAGGGAUAAACAGAGCCCCAUCGCCAUCAAGGAGGAAAAGAAGAAAUGGAGCCCGAUGCGCGUGGCGGACAGGAAUAAACAGAGCCCCAUCGCCGUUGCGGAGUGGAGGAAAUGGACUCCGAUAGGCUUCGUGGAGGAGAAGAAGAAGAAGAAAUGGACCCCGAUGCGUGUGGAGAUGAAAAAGAAAUUGGGCCCGAUACGCGUGACGGGGAGGAAGGCUUUGAGACCGGUGGCAGAAGUGGCAAAGGAAUCGAGCCCGGCGCAACUCCAAAGCAAAGGAGAUGAGGAUUCGGUGAUCCAGCCAGAAGAUGUCCCCUCCGAUGGCAAGCUACUGACGGAGCACCAGUUUAUAGUGGUGCUGUGUGCUCUGUGCUGUGGCGUGCAGGCCGCCGCAGACCGUCACGGCCACCCCCGCGGCCGUGUGGAGCAGUGGCUGGGAGCGUGCACGCGCCACCUGGACUCCGCCGGCACCGCGGAGCCGCCCUUCCUCCCCGCCGCAGCCGAGGAGCGUCUGGUGGAGUGGGUGCUGGUGCAGCGGGAGCAGCAGCUCCCCAUCACCGAGGAGACCUUCCUGCGGCAGCUGGCCGCCGUCACGCCAGACCCGGCGGGGCGCAGCGGCGACCCCUGCCCGUGGGCGGUGGGCUUCUUCCGCCGGCACGGCCUCAUCGCCCACGCCAAGGUGACCGUGGAGCGCCGGCUGCCGCGGGGGAUGGAGGGCAGCAUCCAGGCCUUCCUGGAGUUCGCCCAACGCCGGGCAAACGUGCGCAGCUUCCCGCGCCGCAUGGUGGCCAACAUGGACGAGAUCCCCAUCUUCCUCGACCCCGAGUCGCUCAACCGGCCCGACGGUGCCCUGGGUGGGCUGGGCCUGUCCGGCACGGGGCAGCCGCAGUUCGUGGUGGUCUUCACCAUACUGGCAGACGGCUGCCUGCUGCCCACCAUGGUCUUCUCCCGUGGCGGCCUGCCCGCCUGGCUGAAGGUGCCCAGGGACAUCCUGCUGGAGGUGAAGAGCGGCGGUCACAGCCCAGAGGACAUCCUGCGGCUGUGGCUGGCCAAGGUGUGGCGGGGCCACGUGGCGGUGGAGGCGGCGGCCCAGCGCUGCCGCAGCGUGCUGCUGCUCGACAGCUUCCGCCAGCACACCUCGGACGGCUUCAUCGAAGACCUGAGCCACUGCAACUCGCUGCCCCUGGUCAUCCCCAGCGGCUGCAGCUCCCGGGUGCAGCCCCUCGACAUGUGCAUCAGCCAGACCUUCAAGAACUUCCUGCAGAAGCGCUGGGGCGAGUACCUGGCGGAGGCCAAGUGCCACCGGGACGUGUACGGCGACGUGCUGCAGUCCCUGCUCAACUGGGUGGCGGAGGCGGCGGAGUUUGUCGGCUCCAACGCCGAGCUGGUGCAGCAGUCCUUCCUGGUGGCCAGCGUCCUGGCGGCUCCCUGCGGCCGCCACGCCUCCCGCCAGCACAAGGUGGCGGUGCAGGAGGAGCUGCUGAGCUUCCUGCAGGAGCAGCUGGAGCUUGGCGGCAAGCUGGGGGAGGCAGACGGGCCCUCUCCGCCGCCCUCCAUCGCCCUCGACCCCCACCUGCUCACCCGGCUCUUCGAGGCGGACAGCGACACCGAGUCGUUCUACGGCUUCUGCGAGGGCGACCUGUAAACGGACGCCAGUUGCCAUCGUCGCCCACUUUCUUUAAAAGAAUAGCCAGGAGGGGGCGGGGGGGGGGGUGGGGUUGGGGGAAGGGUGUAUCGGGCACUGAUCCGUGCCACCCUCCCAAAGUUUAUGCCCCCGCAACAAACAGUUCCCCCGUCGACCCGAGGCGACAACAAACCCAAUGCCCACCAGGGUCUGUUGAUUUAUAGGUUCUUCCCUCCCCGUCCCCCUCCCCUCCCGUAUUUCCGCAUGACACCGAUGCCAACCAGAGACCCAGGGGGCGGCAUCGAGUGGCAACUCCUGUACCCCCACCUCCAAUCCCAAUCCGUAAUAAUCCACAUUUGGUUUAAGUGUUGAGUGUGAGAGAGAGAGAGAUGCUUUAUAUAAAAUGUGAUGUUGACAGAUGGGCAUUGUGUUUGGUGUGAUUUCUUUUUUAGUCCCAACCCCGUCCUCCUCUGUUCCUGGCCCGUGAUUUCAACUAGGACUUCAUCCCUGCUAGAUUAGCUGACCCCGCACCUCUCGAUUAACUGGCGCUCUCGCCAAUGCCAACGUUGAUCCUCUUGAUCUUUUAGAAACAUAGAAACAUAGAAAUUAGGUGCAGGAGUAGGCCAUUCGGCCCUUCGAGCCUGCAC